GUUAUUUUGACACAACUAUUGGUUCUAAACUUGAAAAAGAUAGUUAUCUGAAUAUUGCUAAACACAUUGGAGUGGAACCGAAGGAUAUUUUAUUUUUGAGCGAUAAUGUGAAAGAGAUAAGUGCUGCAAAAAAUGCAGGAUUUCAAACGGCAAUUGCUGAUCGUCCAAAUAAUGCACCUUUAUCUGAUGAUGAUCGAAAGGAUAAUAUU